CACCACGGCCCUGCACGCUGCCCGCCCCCACACCCACGCCCUCGCUGCUGCGCCCUCGCUGCUCGACCGCCCCGCGACGCACAGAACCGCUGUCGGCGCCCCCGCCUCACGUGCCGCCCGUAAGUUGCUCCCCGGCGCCGUCCUGUGCGCCGUCUGUGUUUGCGUCGCCCGCUCGCGCAUCCUCGUACGCCCACACGACUGACGUCCGGCAGCACCGCCUCCUGCCCGCACACGCACACGCCCCGCGCUGUCCGCACGCCCGCGCCGCGCACCAUGGCCGACAAGGAAGAGGACUUCAGCGCGCUCCCGCUGCCCGACCGCUUCACCCACAAGAACUGGAAGGUCCGGAAAGAGGCGUACGAGGCAGCCGCCAAGGAGUUCAAGCUCGCUGUGGGCGAGAACGACCCGAUCGUGCGCCAAUUCGUAAACGACGCAAGCAUAUGGAAGGGCGUCGUCGGCGACUCCAACGUCGCAGCACAGCAAGAGGGUCUGGCCGCCUUAUGCGCCUUCCUCGAAAUCUCCGGCCAGCAGGGCUGCACACGAACACGGCAGAUCACCAUUGCCACCAUCGCCGAAAAGGGUCUUCCCUCGACUCGACCCGCAGCAAAGCAGGCUGCGCUCGAGGCCCUGCUCUUGUACAUUGAGACAGACAAGCCCGAUCCGGUCAUCGAGGAGCUCCUGCCCAUCCUGUCGCACAAGCAGCCCAAGGUUAUCGCCGCGACGCUGGACGCCCUGACCCAGAUAUACCACGCUUACGGCUGCAAGACAAUUGAGCCCAAGUCUGUCCUCAAGCUCCUGCCCAAGGCCUACGGUCACGCAGACAAGAAUGUUCGGGCCAAGGCGCAAGAGUUGACGGUAGAGUUCUACCGAUGGCUCAAGGACGCCAUGAAACCUCUGUUCUGGAACGAUCUGAAGCCCGUUCAGCAACAAGACCUAGACAAGCUGUUCGAAAAAGUAAAAGAUGAACCACCGCCCAAACAAGAACGCUUGCUCCGUUCCCAACAAGCAGCAAAGGAGGCAGCUGCCGCAGCGCCCGGAGGCGAUGAAGACGAGGGCGAAGAAGAAGAAGACGGUGCUAUCGAUCUGGAGCCUGAAUUCGAGGCCAUCGACGUCUUUGCAAAAAUCCCAAAAGAUUUCAAUGAUCGUCUCGGUUCAACCAAGUGGAAGGACCGCAAGGAAGUGCUGGAAGAGACCCAAAAAGCCUUGGACACACCCAGAAUCGCAGAAGGGCCUUUUGAUGACCUCGUGCGCGGCUUCGCCAAGUCCAUGAAGGACGCCAAUGUGGCGGUAGUUAUCACCGCUGCCAACUGUGUCGAGCUGCUGGCCAAGGGCCUCAAGAAAAGCUUCAACAAGUACCGCAAAGAUAUCAUGAACGCGAUGAUGGAGAGGCUGAAGGAGAAGAAGCAAACUGUCACAGACGCCCUCGGAGCUGCACUGGACGCCGCCUUUGCUUCUUCAAGCAUUGCAGAUUGUUUAGAAGAGAUACUGGAAUUCCUAAAGCACAAGAAUCCGCAGGUCAAGUUGGAGUCCACAAGAUUCCUGGUCCGAUGUUUGAAGAACACUCGCGAAGCCCCCUCACCACCCGAAGCGAAGACAUUAGCUGAAGCCUCGACAAAAUUACUCACAGAGUCGCAAGAGGUACAGCGUUCCGCAGGCGCUGAAGUUCUUGGGACACUGUGGAAGAUCAUGGGGGAUCGCAUCAUGAAUGCCCAUCUUGAUGGACUUGAUGAGAUCAGGAAGACCAAGAUCAAAGAAUACUUCGAGGCAGCUGAGGUCAAAGCAAAGUACAAACCAAAGGCUGCUGCUCCUCCACCGAAGCCUGCGGCGGCACCUGCCGCCGGCAAAAAGCCAGCACUCGGCAAAAGGCCAGCCCCCAAGAAGGCUGCUCCAGCGCCAGCGACGGCACCGCCGCCUCCCGCAGAAGAGCCUGCAGCACCGCUUGCUCCGAAACCUACAUCGCGGCCUGGCGUUUCCAAACUUAAAUCUGGUCUUGCAGGGCCACGCCUCGGAGGUUUGAAGAAACCAGGACUUGCCGCUCCGUCCCCAAAGAGGCCAGUCGCAUCGCCGCCUCCCGAGGAUGAUGAAAUUGCGCCUCCACCCCAGCCAAAAUUUGGUGCUGGACGAGGACCUGUUGGCCGUCCGUUAGGCAAGCCUGCUGCUGAGCCUGUCGCUGCACCUGCUGCAGCACCUACUGGUCUUGGCUUAGUGGAGCGAGCAGAGCUUGAGGAAUUGAGAGCCGAAACUGAACGGCUGCUACGACAGAACGAGGAUCUACGUGCCGAACGCUCAAGGCUGACCUCUCAAGUACACGAGCUUCAGCACCAAAAUGCCCAAUUGAUCGAGGACCACACUCGUGACGUGCUAUCCAUAAAAGCCAAGGAGACUCAGCUUGUUCGUGCUCGAUCAGACUAUGACGCAGCCGAGCAGACGACUCAGACCCAACAAAGAGAGAUCGACCGUUUGAAGAGGGAGCUGAGUCGCCAGGUCCGUGUUACUUCACCACCACCUGCUGAUCUGGCGGAAUCAAUUUACUCUGACGGGAACGGACGUUUUGGUGACUCCAGCUACAACAGUCAUUCUUCGUACGGCCGUAAAGAGAGUCGCGUUGCAAGCGGCCCCAUUAGUCCAGGUGGUGAUGGUAAAGAGAAUUUCGAUUCUCUGUCCCGCCCAGACAGUCAUAUGAGUGGCAAGCUAAGUCCUUUGCGAGCAGAUGCGUCAGGCAAAUCAUCUUUCUCGUCUCGGGGUGGUCGCAAUAGUCCUGCUGAAAAUGGCACCAGCCGUAUGGGUGGUUCUCAUGCCGCCUCGGGUGCAGAGAGUUGGAAGCGUGCAGCGGAGGUGACGCAGAACUUGAAGCAAAGAAUUGAGAUGAUGAAGGCAAAGCAGGGUAUUGGAAGGCCGCCGCCUCAGUAGAUUUCUGACUCACAGCUUCCACGUUCGGUAGUCCUGUGCACAUGUACUGCACUUUCGCAUCUGGGUCGGCGUUUGGUUGCUCCAGGUCUGUUUACUUCCUGUAGGUCUGCUGUGGGGUGGUGUAUCUAGGUCUU